AUGAGGGACGCAAGCGUAAGAGCGCAGCUGCACUUCAGGAGGGGUGGAACUACAAGAAGUCAAUAUUAAACGUGCGCACAAUCCUUUUGACUGCAAAUGUUUGAGAGAAACAACAAUGAUAUCUAUUAAGUGGAUGGUUGCAUGUGUUCUGACAAACACUAGACGCAUAGACGGCGAAUAAUUUUACCGUAAACAUAAGAGAAAUAUAAAAUGGCUUAGCAGCUGAAAUUUAACAUGCUGUCAAAAAAAGAAGAUUCAGGAGGAAAGAAAGGCUCCCACCAAACUGAACUUUACACAGAUGUCCCUGCAACAUGCCUGCCUAUUGUCUAUUCCCCUGAGUACAACAUCACCUUCAUGGGACUGGAAAAGCUGCAUCCCUUUGACGCUGGCAAAUGGGGCAAGGUCAUUCACUUCUUGAAAGAAGAGCAGUUCAUUACUGAUGAGAUCAUCGUUCCAGCCCGGGAGGCCAGCGAGGCGGAUCUUCUUGUGGUUCACACUGCGCGUUACCUGAACAGACUUAAGAACGCUAUCUUGGAGGGCUCCAGAGAGUGGUCUUUGGUAGUUGCCACCAUCACAGAGAUCCCACCUCUCCUGUUCCUGCCCAACUUCCUGGUACAGCGCAAAGUUCUGAAACCUUUGCGAACGCAAACAGGAGGAACCAUCAUGGCUGGAAAGCUGGCAAUGGAUCGAGGAUGGGCAAUAAAUGUGGGAGGAGGCUUCCACCACUGCUCUAGUGACAAAGGAGGAGGUUUUUGUGCCUACGCUGACAUCACACUAGCAAUCAAGUUUCUCUUUGAGAGGGUGGAUGGAGUUGCCAGGGCCACCAUCAUCGAUCUAGACGCCCAUCAGGGAAAUGGCCACGAGAGGGAUUUCCUGGAUGACAGUCGCGUUUACAUAAUGGAUGUCUAUAAUCGUCACAUCUAUCCAGGAGAUGGAUAUGCAAAGAGGGCGAUUAAACGAAAAGUGGAGCUGGACUGGGGCACAGAAGACAUGGAGUAUCUGCAGAAGGUGGAGCUCCAUUCAGAAGGAGCACUGAAUGAAGUAAAGCCUGACAUUAUCAUAUAUAAUGCUGGCACGGACAUCCUUGAUGGAGACGCUCUCGGAGGUCUGGCUAUAUCCCCACAGGGUAUCGUAAAGAGAGAUGAGAUCAUCUUCAGGGCAGCCCGGCGAAGAGGAAUACCCAUCCUUAUGGUGACAUCAGGGGGCUACCAGAAGAAGACCGCCCGCAUCAUCGCGGACUCCAUUCUGAAUCUGCACAGACAGGGUUUGAUUGGUGAAGAGGCUGUUGAGGGUGCGGGACCCUCACAUGUGCCGUUAAUGAUGACCAAAUCCACGCUGGCUGCCAUUUAAGCUCUCCUGAUCUUGGACAUUGUCAAGUGUGUCAAACACACUGUUAAUGCCUAAUGCAAACAUUUUAAACUAAUAUAUAAUAUUCUGGACAAAGGUCGUUUGGUGGUUUGGACCGAGAUUGACUCAGGAUAGUUUUCGUAGUUCAUCGUUUUGAACUAUUUAACUCGUAUGUUGAUGUUUUUUUUGUUUUCCAUUUCUCCCUCAUUUCUAAGGAUGUUUUAUGCAAUACUUGUUUGCACAUUACAUUCUUAAUAAUACAAAAAAUAAUUCUUUCAUCAUUUGCUCGCCCUCAUUACAAAUGCACCCAUUUUCAUUAUAAGGAAAUGCAUGUUUCUCAUUUUGUGAUUCACUGAAGAAAGUAAGUUUGGAAUGAUAGGGUUUUCAUUGUUGGGUGAACUAUUCCUUUAAAUCUUUUUAAUGCCACAGAUUGGAAGGGAAUUGAUUUCUUAUCAGUUUAAAAAAAAAAA